UCGCGCCCCCCGGGAACGACGCGAGCAUGGAGAAGUCGAGUAGCGAGGAUUCUUCGAUCCACCGGAGUCCAUCUUUGGACAGCAAGGACUCGGACUUUGCCAAGCCGUCCACCUCGGGCCGCCCUUUCGGCCGCGGCUUCACGGCCGGCGCCUUCUACGGCACCGCGGGCUCCCGGGGCCAGAGCCGCGCCGAGGCGGGCGUUAAGACCGACAAGUACAAUGCACCCAAAGGCAGCAAGUACGUGGUGUUUUACCUGGACCUGUCCUUUGUGUUCCUCCUAGAAUUUAAGAAGUGCAACAUGGCCAGGGGCUGCCUCUGCUGCUUGAAGUACAUGAUGUUCCUCUUCAAUUUGAUAUUCUGGCUCUGCGGCUGUGGGCUGCUUGGCGUGGGCAUCUGGCUCUCCGUGUCCCAAGGCAACUUUGCCACCUUCUCCCCCAGCUUCCCCUCGCUGUCUGCAGCCAACCUCAUCAUCGCCAUCGGCACCAUCGUCAUGGUGACAGGCUUCCUCGGCUGUCUGGGGGCCAUCAAGGAAAAUAAGUGCCUCCUCCUCAGUUUCUUCAUUGUCCUGUUGAUCAUCCUCCUAGCAGAGCUGAUCUUGCUCAUCCUCUUCUUUGUCUACAUGGACAAGGUGAAUGAGAACGCUAAGAAGGACCUGAAAGAAGGCCUGCUGCUGUACAACACCGAGAACAACGUGGGGCUCAAGAACGCCUGGAACAUCAUCCAGGCCGAGAUGCGCUGCUGUGGCGUCAGCGACUACACAGACUGGUACCCGGUGCUGGGGGAGAACACGGUUCCCGACCGCUGCUGCAUGGAGAACUCGCAGGGCUGUGGGCGUAACGCCACCACCCCCUUGUGGAGGACGGGCUGCUACGAGAAGGUGAAGACGUGGUUCGAGGACAACAAGCACGUGCUGGGCACCGUGGGGAUGUGCGUCCUUGUCAUGCAGAUCCUGGGCAUGGCGUUCUCCAUGACCCUCUUCCAGCACAUCCACCGGACGGGGAAGAAGUACGAUGCGUGAGUGCGCUGACCGGGAGUGGCCUGUCCCCCGACGCUCCGUGGAAGGAAGAGGAUUUGAGCUUUGUGUCGCCUGCCUGCACUCUCCAGACUGUGCCCCUGCACUCACCCACCCAGCCGGCCCUCCCCCACCUGCCCUCAGCCUCAGACUCUGGGUGGGUGGAGGGCCCGGGAGGCAGCGGCCGUGGAGACCUGGGCCACGGCGCCGUGUCACUGCACCUGCAUCUGUGCAUUUGCCAAAGACGACGGGGUGGGCUGGGGAUGUGCUCAGGAGGAACCCACAGCACUGAUGGGUUUCUGCCCCCGCCCUUCCUCACACUGACACUUUGUCCCUGCGUGGGGUGGGGCCCGGUGGAGAGACCGCCCCAGCGGGGGCCACUGCCGUCCACGGCCGCCGUGGGAGAGUUGGCGGGGCGGGGUCUGACCGCCUUCAAGCAAGGCCCCUGGAGCAUCGCGCCCAGGCUUUUUAUACCUUACAGUGUAGCUUUUUUAUUUUAUUUUACUCUGAUUAUGAUUAUUCAGGAAUAUUAUCUCAGAUAAGUUUAGGGUUAGCUUUCUGAUUUAUAACUUUUUACUGUGUUGAUUUCUUUAAUGGUUUGCUUUUUUUCCCUGAGGGUAGGGGACAGGUGGGAAGAGAGGACAUCUGUCCAGGUUCAGUGGGGACAAACCACUGUGUGACACCGCUAGGCUCUUGCCUAGAAUGCUCUGAGGAGGAGGGAGCCGGGGGGGACAGGAGCCGGGAGGUGGCGGGCGAGUGCAGCGGCGUGGGGAGUGGUGGUUUGCAGGGGUGUCCUCUGGGGGCUGGCGAAGGGCCUUGCCAGGAAUGUGCCGGAGCUGGCAGGGGCUUGUGCUUGUUGCUGACGGGCAGUUUCUGGUGUUCUUCCUCUUUCCUUCCUCCUGCCCUCUGCCAUGUGGGAGGCCCCGUCACCCCGUGCGGGUGUCCCUGCCACAGGUUCUGCACACCCGGUCACUCUCACAGACAUUCCUGCUCCACACUCUCAGACAAAUACCUCUCUAGUUCGGAUGCUGCUCAUGUCUCCCUUGCUUCUGGAAGGGGACGCAGGCCUGGUGUUUUGCUGCCCAGGCAGCAGCAGAGGACCCGCGGCCAUCGGGACGGGGAGGUGGAACCGGCGCCCACAGUCUCCCGCCACUCACUCGGCUGCUGGCCGCCCUGCUGGGGGUGGGGGAGAAGGUGUCCAUCCAGGUCCCAGGACCCUCCUCUCCUUCCCUGGGUUCACUGACAUCAGCAGGGGCCUGGGUGGCGAUCACAUCCUGCAUGAUCCCAGGGAGAAGUACAGAGAACCCAGGAGAGGGCAGACCGGCUGUUGUCACCUCACGGCAGUCCCAGGAGGAAGGCAGCCCGAGUCAGGGCACGUGCAGACUGGGCGUGGGGUGAGCAGCAGGUUGCCCCGCCCAGCGGACGCUGCCCCAGCUUAAGGUUGUGCAGUUAGGAGGAGUCCAGAUGUGGGACUGAGCUUGCCCAAUUACGCGCUUGCUAGCAGGGCCCAGCGCCCUCUGCCGGACGGGGCCUCGUGAGGCAGCUGCCUUUCUCCCUGCACCUUUCGGCUUGUUACCUUGGUUUCCUGCUGGGCACAGGUCUCGCCUCCAACCUCACCUGCCUGUCCCAAGAGCUGAGGCACAGCCACCCAGCCAGCCAGUGACUCCUCCAUCCACCUUAAGUAACAUACAGAUCGGGACCAGGAGGGCAGGGCUUUGGGUGUGUUCAGGGUUCAUGUUCUGGGGGGUGGCAGUGGGGAGCAGGGUAGGCCGGGAGAAGACUGCGUCCCGGGACAGGAGUAGGGGUGCUGACGGAAGCCUGGGGCAGGUCCUGGGUGGACACGGGGCAGGUGCUCAUUUGGAUGAAACCGCCCUUCCCUCAUGCUCUGGCCCGCCUUCCUGGUAAGGAGCUUCAGCUGCCUCCCCGGGAACCCCAAAAUGUAGAUUCCAGGGCAAAUAUGCCACUGCAGAGAGACGCUCAGCAAACGAGUGUUUGAGUCGCACAGUGGGGCCUGAUGUGUAACGCGUUUUGCUGUGGGUGGGCUGAGGUGGGUUUGUUCAUGCCUAUCAAUGCAAUUUUUAAUUUUUGUUAAUGUCAACAGCAAAAGCCUAGUGCAUCGAGAGGGGGUAGCUUCCCUGGCGAUCUUGUUUCUGGAGUGCUUCAGGGCGUCCUCUGGCUCCAGAGCCUUUGCCACAGUUCCCCGCCUGCGCCAGCCCCCACCUCACCCGUCCGUUUGCAGAGCCUUGCCCACAGCCCCCAGAACUGCCUUCUCGCCUCGCCCUGUGCAUGGCUGCUGGUCACUUGGCUGAGGCUGCAGUGGGCAGAAAUCCCCGUGCACAGGUUUCUUCCAAGCCCCUGGCCCAUCUUGCCGGUGGGUCCCCAGCUACGCAGAGGGCCAUACCCGGUGACACCAGUGAAGGUGGCUCAGCAUCUUCUCGGCUUCUCCUGACCAUGAUCUCGGUGGGGUAGAAUUCCACCGGGGGAGCCCCCUCCCUCACGGCUUCCCUUGCCAAAGCCAGAGUGCGUUCGAUCAGCUCUGACGCAGGCGGUUUGGAGACUGUCACAGAGAUUCCCUUGGGGUUUGCAGAUGACCUCAGGGGAACGUCACAUAAUGGCUCCUUUCUCUGGGGCCCCCCCACAGCGGGGGUGAGCAGGCAGGGGCUGAGAGCUGCCCUCAGGAGGCCGGCCGCAGGUGUCGGGGUGCAAGUCUCCCCACGCACUUGAGCUGGGGCCUCCCCGCUGCCUGCACCCUGGGCUCCUGGAGGGGCUGCUGUGACCCCACCCUGACACUCUUGUGGAUGUUCUGGUUUGACUUGGAACUAGGUGUCAUGCCGUCCCUCCUGGCGUGGAAGUCCAGGUGGGUGGCCAUCCAGGUGGAUGGAAGUGACCGCCCCCUCCUCUCCAGCCCCUGCCCACCCGAGGGUGGAGGUGCUAACUAGCAGGGACAUGGCACAGGACGGGAGCUGGGCGCCAGGUGCUUGGGGUCCAUUCUUGUCCCUCAGCUCCUCAGAGUCCGGCCGGCCCUGUGUGUCCCUGUCCCCCCUCCCCCACUGCAGUGAGGCAGCAGUCCAGGGUGGGUCCCGGCCUCCCUGCCCGCCUGCCCGCCCCGGGCAUCACGGGAGAGCGGGGAGCACACGCUUGUUGGUUUCAGAUGCACUUUUCUGCUUGCGAUGCCAUAUCUGUGCAUUUCCUUCAUCCUGGUCCUGGCUUUAUUGAACACCAUGUUUUUAGCAUGUUUUUAAAUAAAAACUGAUAACAUGUCAAAAGCACAA